CCCAAUCAAAAAAGAACAAAAAAAUAAAAAGAUAAAUAUAUAUCUCAAAAAAUGGCAUUCAAUUUCUUGAUCUUAGCUCUAUCAAUCAUCUCUACAACUACCCUACUCGCCCCCGUGUGGGGCCAGAUCACAACCCCGUGCACGCCGACAAUGAUAACGGCAUUCGCGCCGUGCAUGAAUUUCGUAACGAAUAGCAGCUCCAACGGGGCGGGCCCCACCGCAGUUUGCUGCAAUUCGCUAAAGUCACUAAUGAUCAACGGUAAGGACUGCGUGUGCCUAAUCGCCACAGGCAGCGUACCGUUCCAAAUUCCCGUUAAUCGAACCCUCGCCCUCUCUCUCCCACGUGCCUGCAACGUGCCAGGUGUCCCCCUUCAAUGCCAAGCUGCUGCUUCUCCAGUUCCAGCUCCAGGGCCUGUGGCAAAUGGACCAUCAGUUUCUCCUAAUGCAUCUCCUUCUCCCAGUGUUCAAGAGCUAGCUCCACCGGAAUCACUAUCCCCAAAAGCCGAUGAAGCUCCAACCGCUACAAACGAAGCUCCAACGAGCAAUACGGGUAGGGCUGGAGUGACGCCAUCAACGGCCCAGAUUCCGUACAGCGUUUCGCCUCUGCAUCUAAUGGCUGUGCUUGGAGCUAUUGCUUUGAACUACUACUAUUAGUCGAUCCGAUACGCGAUUUUCAAUGUUUCUUAUUGUAUUAGGCAAAUAUUCUUUUUCGAUUUUUUUUUUCUUUUUCAUAUUUAUUGUUUGAGUGAUUCGGAUUUGCGAGACGAGAUGCUAUUGUUUCGCCUUUUCUUUGGCAUAUGUAAUACUUAUAUUUUGGUGAAGUGAUACAUGAGAUUGUUUAUUUAUUUAUUA